GUAUGGAAUGGGGAUUCUGUAAAAAGCCAGAAAACUCUGAAUUAACCAAAUUUCAAACUUUUGUCCCCAUUCUCAAAUUUCCGGAGAAUUCACGGCCCAAUAUUGUUUGUUGCCUUUUCGUAUCGAUUCAAUUGUUUCAAAUUCAACCAAUUCCAUCUAAACAGUGGAUUUGAGCUGAGAUUCAAGGAGUUUGCAGACGGAUAAAGGAGUAGAUUUGAAGCUACAAAGAGUUGAAAACCGUUAAUUUGAUCCUCUCCUUCUUCCCAAUUAUUGGAGGGUCUAGAAUGGAAGUCAUGAGCAAGUUCUUAAUUGCAUCGAUACUUAUGUGGACAGUGCCUAUUGCAGUUUUGUAUGGGUUCAACAAUAAUUUAUUCCCUGGUUCAGCUAGCUUGUCCCAGGAAUCCCUGACACUGUGGAGUGGAAUCCUUGCAGUGAUCUCUGUAAACGUGGUUAUCAUACUCUACAUCAUCUCAGCCAUGAAAGAGCCCUCCUCAGACAAACACGAGCCGGAUCCUAGAUUCUUAGCAGAUGCAAAGGCUAGCAUAAAGCAGCAGCCAGGAACAACUGAAGACGAUUCAUCAUCAGACCGUGCAAAACAAGAGUAGCUGGUGUUAGCUGAGUAGGAGGUAAUUUCAGCUCUGGUUUUCUGAAAGGCAACGAACGUAUAAUGAGCAGGAUCCCCAUAUAGUAGAGCACAGAGAUUAUCGAUAGGUUUGAGUUUGACCUGCUUCACUUCCAUGAUUAGAGUUUGUGUAUGAGCCAAGAAGUCUUGAGUUUUUUGUCUUGAUUUGCCUUGGCCAAUAUCUUUUGAUUUUUUCUCUCUAAAGCUUUUUCUUUUUUAUUAAUGGAUAUGGAAUUCAAUUACCACUCAGCAUUUUUGUAGUUGAUAUUUAUCAAAGUUGAUGAGCAUAUUGGGCUUUCAUUCCUUUA